ACUAAAAAUUUUUUUAAUCGAACUUAAAGCAGUCACACUUAUUUUUUUUAAAAUGAAGUUAUUUCUUGUAUUUAUUAGUGUAAUAUUUGUUCAAUAUGAUUUUUCUUCGAUUGUAGCACUUCCUUUACCAUUUGGCCCAGGUCGUACUGGAAUCUAUGAAAGAACUGAGGAGUGUGUUGGUGCUCAAUCUUUUGAAAACGAAUUUUUAUCCGUUCUGUUGUCUAAAAUUGAUAAACGCAUGCUUUUGUCUAUCAAUUUCAAAAAUAUAAGUACGGUAUCCCCUUCACUCAUUUCAUCUGAAUGCAUGAAACCGAAUGCUAAAUGGUUAUUCCAUAUUCAUGAGAAAAGUACUACAGCAGGAAAAAUAGGAAUAGGUGCAAGCGCUUGCUCAUCAGCGGUCGUAGGUUUACAUUGGGAUCCAACUCUAGCAUGUAGUAUUAACUCAGGAAAUGAGCUUUGUAAACGUCUUCCGAUUCCCCCCAGCAGUUCAAUACCUGUAAAAUAUCAAGCAUCUUUACGAAAGUACUCUUGCACUCCUGAAACAUAUACGAAUCAAUCUGUUUACGCAUGUGAACUGGGUGAUUUGAGUGGAAAAUAUUUUCCUCUUGUUAUUCCUCCGCCAGAAUUAAACAGUAUUAGUAUGGCAGUCGAUAUUUUUGACCCUCGUGAUGUACUUCCAACAUGUGAACUUGAUUCUAAAAGUCUUGUGCUGCAUUGCAAUAACGCGCCCGUCCUUUGUAUUCCAAUCGUUGGUAUGAGACAGCCUAUAAGUUAUUUUUAUAGUGCCUUACGAAGUGAAGGCCCUACGAUACGUCGGUACCAUAAUUUUUUAACCAGUUAUUUCUCAUCAAGCAUAUAAUAUAUCACCAAAUUUUUUAUUCAUUUGAAUUAUAUCAUUGUAUAGAAAGCUAUUUGCAGGUUUAUAUUGUUUCCUCACUUUUUUUCAAUUAUUUAUUGAAUAAUUGAUAUUCCAACAUGUAUCAUCGUGACUUUUUGGUUCUGUAGCUUUUUGUAUGUCUGGCAGGCGGAGAUAUAUGAUGUUUAGUUGGUAGCGUUUUUUUUUAUAUAUAAGAAAGAAAAAAAGAAAACUAAGCUUGUUCUUAUUUUUAAGGUAUAUUUUAAAAAAAAACUAGAAGUCAUUAUAAAAAUAUUUGUGUAAGUUGAUUAAUGUCUGUUGUUA